CUUCCUCCCGAUUCAAACUUUCGAUUUCCGCGGCAAAAACCGUCCGUCUUCGUCUCCCAUGGCGCACGAAGGUUCUCCAGAUUCGUUCCUAACGCGUGCCUCCCGUCGAUCGCUUCGCUUCUAGGGUUUUGCCCUCGUGCUUUCUCGCUCCGAGAACUGCCUCUCUCUAGAUCGUCUGCGUCUUGGAUCCGAUUUCGCGGCGUUCGGUAGCGCGUGUGGGGAGUAGAAUCGAGUGUGAAUGGAGUCGUUCCUCGUUGCCGGUCCAGUCCGAGGCAUGGAGUCCGUCGUGGCUUCGGUGAGUGGAUACCAUGGUGCGGAGCGCUUCGAUCUUAUUAAGCUGAUUUCUUCGAUGGGAGCUAGCUACGUCGGAGCCAUGUCGAGCUCGACCACGCAUUUGGUUUGCAGAAGAUUUGAAGGGCAAAAAUAUGAUCUUGCCAGGAAGUUUAAGACGCAUGUGGUCAAUCACCGGUGGGUGGAAGAGUGCAUAAAGCAAGGAAAGCGUGUUCCGGAACAUCCCUACACAUGGGAAAGUGGGGAGGAAGUGGGAUCAUUGUUGUUGCCAGUCCCAGUGAAUUCUAAGCCAUACAUCACAAGGAAGAAGCAUAAAGUACUUUCUGAUCAGUCCAACUUUGCUAGUGCAUCAACGAGACAAGUAGCUGAUUCAGCUUUUGAAGAUAAUAGAAGUGAUAUUUGGACUGACUCUCAUUUGUUGAAGGAGUGUCCAGAGCUGAAUCGGUCAUCUAGAAGGUUGUUGAGAGGAAAAAGAAUCAUUACCCCGCAUGAAGAGUCACAUCUUAGUCCAUCUAUGUGUUUUGGGAGAAGAGAAAUGAAGUCAUUCAGUGGCAAUGGGGAUUCUUCUUAUGCUGAAUCUUCUAAAAGGGGCAGAAAUUUGGUAAAAAGGAAUGCUAAAAGAGAGGCUUUGAAGUUAACUGCCUCGGAUUCGGACCAGGAAUGCUAUGUGGUUGGUGGUGAUGACAAAUAUGGGGACAUAACAUCUCCAUCUGAACAGUUGAAUGGUAAGUUUGUCAGUACCAGAAAGGGAGCGACACAAAAUGGACCCUACGGGCAUGAGGGAGCAAUAAAUGGCAUUAUUGAAGAUGUUGAUGAGAUUGAAGAUCGGAAUUACGAUCACCAGCCUUCUCCUGAGGAUUCAAUUCGGAAGGAUUUACCGGACUCCCUAGAAAGAGUUUCAAAAGAUGAACUGAAUGCAGAGAAGUUAAGUCUUGAGGUUGAUGAUGUGGGGCAGACUGAUUAUGUUAAGUGUUUACCAUCAUCAGUGGAGUUAUCAUGUGUUAUAUGUUGGACGGAGUACAGCUCAACCAGAGGGAUACUACCAUGUGGACAUAGAUUUUGUUAUUCGUGCAUUCGGAAUUGGUCUGACCAUAUGUCUUCAAGGAAAACGACUUCAACUUGUCCCCUGUGUAAGACGAGUUUUGUUAGCAUCACAAAGGUGGAAGAUUCUUCUGGUUCAGAGCAAAAAAUAUACUCCCAGACCAUUCCACAUGACCAAUCAACUAGUGAAGUCUAUGUUGUGACUGAUCAAGGGAGAACGAGUUCCAGAGCCGAGUCAUUUGGAGCGCAAGUCUGUAGUGAAUGUCGCUCUCGUGAGCCGGUGGAUCUCCUCAUCAGCUGCCACCUGUGCCAUACCCGCUGCAUUCAUUCCUACUGCUUGGAUCCCCCGUUGCUACCGUGGACAUGCGUUCACUGCAAGGAUCUCCAGAUGCUUUUCCAUCUUCCCCACUAGCCAAUACAUAGUAGCGUGCAAUUCAUUUUCAUGUAUGGUCAAACUCAAGUGUUGAAUGACUUCUUGAUAGUCAUCUGAUAACCACAAGCCAAUUCGCUUGUGCCAACUUUCAAUCGAAGUACCUUUCUGGGGAUGGCUAGUUUGUAAUUUGUACUAGUUCUGUUGUGAGAGCAGCUCUUACUGAUCAUCUCGAUACCAUGAAUAAAGUUUUGUGCAAUUUGAUAGUUGGCUAUUGCGUCA